AUGAGAAUGCUGACUGAAAAUGACUCCUUGGUUACUGAAUUUGUCCUUGCUGGGUUAACGGAUCGUCCAGAGCUACAGAAACCUCUAUUUUGCCUAUUUCUAAUGAUCUAUAUUGUCACCAUGGUGGGUAACUUUGGCUUGAUCAUGCUUAUCGGUCUCAAUUCUCACCUCCACACCCCUAUGUAUUAUUUCUUGUUCAACCUCUCCCUCAUUGACCUGUGUUACUCUUCUGUGUUCACUCCUAAAAUGUUGAUGAACUUUGUAUCAGAGCAGAACUUCAUCUCCUACACGGAGUGCAUGACACAGCUGUUUUUCUUUCUCUUUUUUGUCAUCUCAGAAUGCUACAUGUUGACCUCAAUGGCGUAUGAUCGCUAUGUGGCCAUCUGCAAUCCACUGCUGUAUCAGGUCACCAUGUCCCGUCAGGUGUGCUCUGUGCUAUCCUUGGCUGCCUAUGUGAUGGGACUUGCUGGAGCCACUGCCCACACAGGAUGCAUGCUUAGACUAAGCUUCUGCAGUGCUAACGUCAUUAAUCACUAUUUGUGUGACAUACUUCCCCUUCUCCAGCUUUCUUGCACCAGCACCUAUGUCAAUGAGGUGGUUGUGCUCAUUGUUGUGGGCAUUAAUAUCACAGUACCCAGCUUCACAAUCCUAAUUUCCUAUGUUUUCAUCCUCAGUAGCAUUCUUCAUAUCAAAUCUACUCAAGGAAGAUCAAAAGCCUUCAGUACUUGUAGUUCUCACAUUAGUGCCAUUUCUCUCUUUUUUGGGUCAGCAGCAUUUAUGUACCUAAAAUACUCUUCUCCUGGUUCUGUGGACCAAGGGAAAGUUUCUUCUGUAUUUUACACUAAUGUAGUGCCGAUGCUCAACCCUCUGAUCUACAGUUUGAGGAACAAGGAUGUCAAAGUUGCAAUGAGGAAAGUCCUGAUAAAAAUUCAGAUGAGAAAUCUAUGA